UAUGCAGUCAGGAUAUGGUUACAAAUCCACUUAAUCCACUACUAAAACUAGUUCUGUAAAACAAUUUAAUUUACGAAACUCUUUUUUUUAGCCAUUUAUAUAUAAUAUAUAUAUAUAUAUCAUUUUUUAAUUCCAUGAAAAAUGGCAAAUAAUCUGUUGCAGGCAGCUGAUAUAAGUUUAGAGAUUUCAAAAAAUGCGGAGAAAAAGCAGAAGUGUACGUCUUGCAAAACAGCACAGAAGGAAAUAAAUAAUUAUCACGCUGGUUGUAGUAAUGAGUUGGAUGAACCUAACCCAACAGACAGGAGAGUCAAGAAAGCAUUAAGUCGACUUGUGAAGUCCGCAAAAUCAGAAAAUAUUGCACAAAAGUUUAAAGUUCCCUUUUCAAAAAACAUCAACCUAAGAGUUGAGCAUGGUAAUGGAGAUGCUGCGGUGUAUAUUGACAGUUCUCGUAGAAAAAACAGUAAUGACAGAACUAUGAAUGACUUGUUGGAAAAUCUGCCAGAUAGAAUGUCAUACAGUAAGGUUUCAUUCAGAGAACCCAUACAUAGUUACAGUGAUGAUAUAUUGGAAAGUAAUUCAAAAGAAUUAGAAGGUUGUUGUGUAGAAGAGAUAGAAAAAAAUGCGUAUAAGGAGUGGGUGAAUACUUCACCAAAAGACGAGGUGCAUAAGUAUAUGAUAAAAGUAUUUUAUACAUUUCAAAACCACAAAUUCAACCACCUAAUUAAAAAAUAUAUGCUGUGCAACAAUGCAUAGGUUUUCCAUAUUAAUCAUGCCAAACUAAUUUUUUGUAAAUUUUCUUCAUUAGGUUAAAAACUAAAAAAAGUUGAGUGACAAUUUUUCGUUUGAGAAAUUCCAUUUGUUGUUACACGGCUUAUUUUUAUAACUUUGGUUAAAUUUGUGGUUUUAAAAGCAUUUUUUUAAAAGCCGAUUUGUUGUUUGAAACUAUGGUGGUAUAUUUAGAUAAUAUUAAAGCAUUUCCAUGUAUGCAUAAAUUUUGAUUUUUUGUUGGUAUGUUCUUUAAUUUGAAACUUGUAUUGGUAUAAAUAAUUCAAAACUGACAAUAGUUGUAUACGUGGCUAAGUGAUAGGCCGUUGUUAUCGGGAUAACUAAAGUUUGUUUGUCAGCUUUCAACUUUUUUAAACCCCUGUGGAAAUUUGAAAAACAUAAAUCAUUUUGUUAAGAUUGUUUUCAGUCAUAGUUUUGAUUUAUUUGUUAAAAAUUUAGGUAGAAUAUUUAUAAAUAUGUAGUUAAC